GCCAUAUUGUCUCUGAAACAGCAGAAAUUCACAUACUGACACAGACACACCGGCGACGGAGGGAGGCGAGAACUGUGGGCCUGACGAAACUCAGCUCGUUUUGGGAGCAUUUCGGUCGUUGAAUUGAUCAAGGGGCUAUUCCACCGUGCCCCUGGUGGCCCCUCCCCCCGUCCUCAAACAAACCCCCCCCCACCCUUCCCAAACCCCUUGCCCUGUUGGGAUCAACCCCCCUUGUUCCCUACCUUCCCUCCUCUUCCUCUCUCCCACCCACCCUCCCCGUACACCGACCGUCCUUUGCUGCUGUAAGAUCUCCCCACCAUCUCUGCCAAGCUGUCGGACAUGUCAGGACCCGUGCCAAGCCGGGCCCGAGUGUACACUGAGGUCAACACUCACCGGCCCAGGGAGUACUGGGACUAUGAGUCCCACGUAGUUGAAUGGGGAAACCAGGAUGACUUUCAGUUGGUGCGGAAGCUGGGGCGUGGCAAGUACAGUGAAGUCUUUGAGGCAAUCAACAUCACCAAUAAUGAGAAGGUGGUGGUGAAGAUACUCAAGCCUGUGAAGAAAAAGAAAAUCAAGCGUGAGAUUAAGAUUUUGGAGAACCUGCGUGGAGGUCCUAAUAUAAUCUCCCUCAUCGAUAUCGUGAAAGACCCUGUAUCCCGGACACCCGCUUUGGUCUUUGAACAUGUCAACAACACAGACUUCAAGCAACUGUACCAGACCCUGACAGACUAUGACAUCCGGUUCUACAUGUACGAGAUCCUCAAGGCCCUGGACUACUGCCACAGCAUGGGAAUCAUGCAUAGGGAUGUGAAACCACAUAACGUGAUGAUCGAUCAUGAACACCGCAAGUUGCGCCUUAUUGACUGGGGUCUGGCUGAGUUUUACCAUCCGGGACAGGAGUACAAUGUCAGAGUCGCCUCCCGCUACUUUAAAGGACCUGAGCUCCUGGUGGACUAUCAGAUGUAUGACUACAGUCUGGACAUGUGGAGCCUUGGCUGUAUGCUGGCGAGCAUGAUCUUCAGGAAGGAGCCCUUCUUCCAUGGCCAUGACAACUAUGACCAGUUGGUGAGAAUAGCCAAGGUUCUGGGAACUGAAGACCUCUACGACUACAUCGACAAGUACAACAUUGAGCUGGAACCUCGCUUCAAUGACAUCCUGGGAAGGCAUUCCCGUAAGCGGUGGGAGAGGUUUGUCCACAGCGAGAACCAGCACCUGGUCAGCCCCGAGGCUCUGGAUUUCCUGGACAAGCUGCUGCGCUACGACCACCAAGCUCGGCUGACCGCUCACGAGGCCAUGGAUCACCCCUACUUCUUCCCCAUUGUGAAAGAUCAGUCUCGCGUGGCCGGAUCAGCCAACCUGCCCAGUGGGAACACAGCUGUUAGCACAGCCACCAUGAUCACUGGUAUCUCUGCCUUGCCAGCCUCCACUGCCCUGGGCACUCUCACUGGCUCGCCGGUCCUGUCUGCUGCCACCAAUGCCCUGAGCACCCCGGUGCCCACUGCUGCUGGCGCCCCGCAGUGACACCCCAUCUAAAUCCACGCUCACCCCUCCUCAUCUCUUCCACCUCCACCACCACCACCCAUCAAGGGGGAAGAAAUUAGACGGGUGCCACUCUGCCAGUCCUCACCACAUCCAACCUAACUCUGUGUGACCGCGCCUCACCAACCUUCUGGCUGGAGGACACCGUCGUCUAAGAAAAAAAAAAAAAAAGAUGUUUUUUGCAUUCCUUUUCUUCCUCGAAUGAACGUGUUAACCUGACAUCUGAAAUGAAUGUUCCGUGUAAUUGAAAUAUACAGGUAUUCCCUUCAUUUCCCCACAAGCUGUAGUGAAUACAAAUGGGUGUGUGUCUGUGUGGGGUGAGUCUGAGAGCGAGUGUCAUCCAUGGCUGAUUCUGGGUCUUACCCAUCCCUCCCCUCCCCCCUGUCUUUUAGUUUGGAUAGUGAAGGCACUGGUCAACAAGUCAUCAUCAGCAGAAGGCAAAAGAAAGAGAUGUGGGCCAGCAGGACCAAAAGGAGAACAUCCUGUAUAGUUUACUACCACAGCAUCGUCAAAAACAAGACCUGAUGAAAACACUUCAUUUACCUCCCGAGAUGAGUCUGAACACCCUCCUGAUCACAGCGUUUUGGAAGUGUUCGGUGCUGUUCUGUGCUCCAGGUGUAUGUGAACACAAUGACACUUCAACACUUUCUCUGCCUGAGUAGUUUCGUCUUGCCUUUCUUACCAUAACCAGGUCACCAGUCUUCUUUUUGAUAACGUGACCCCGCCCCCCCCCAUCCCCUCCCCCCUCCAUCAUGUCACCCGCUGUUAAAGCGUUUUGUAUCGAAAUGUUCUGGUCGGCCGGAUAAGGUUCAUCGCCAUCAAGUGGUUUGAUCGACUCUAGCGUUGUACUCUAGAUCUGUUAAAGAAGCCAGGUAAGGUUCAUUCAGGUUCUCAAAGAAAUAGUUUCUGAAACGUGCUGCUUUCCAGAUCCUUGAAUUACUUCAAGUGGCUUUUCUUGAAUUACUUCAAGACAUAACCAAAGUUUACUCAGUUGGUUGGAAGAAGAGACUGACCAAACCUAGGUUUAUUUUGUGGGAGUUACUCAUGAAGAUGCCUUGACGCAGGUUGAAAACGUGGGUGGUAGUGAAUAAGAAGACGACAGCACCGUACAAUAAUCAGCUGCAGGUGACUGGAGUGCUGCCAGUUCUGUGACAUGGGUAAGCUUUGUGAUGAGUAAUGCAGUUUAUUGGCUUUCACCACUGUGUUGAGGGGGACGUAUUGAAGUUAAAAUGUUGAAUAGCACUUGAAGGGUAGGGUUUUUUUUUUUGCCCAGCGUUUUAGUGUCAGAGUUUGAAAGUGUAAGUUUUAGACCCUGCAGUACAUACUCAUCUAACCCCCCCACCCCCCCCCCACCACCCCCCCCACUACCCCACCAUUUCAAAACUUUAAAAUGCAAAUAAAUCAGAACAUGUAAACAUUGACCUGUGAACGGAGCAGUUUCAGUCCCUAUAUCACUGUAUAUAUUUUUAUGUUCUUAUGUAGAAGACUAGUAUUUGAAAAUAUUUGUGUAAAUAAACACGUGUUUUAUUUAUCAGGUA